UGCGGCGUCCACGUACCGUAAAACGUAAACAAAUCAGUUCGUGGUGGGGGAGAGAACCGCUUAAUUCACAAUUUAAAUACAGGUCUCUUCACGUAACGGUCUCUUCAGGUGCCACUAGGCUCGUUCAACCUGCCACGGACUGUACCCCUCCCGUCGGACGGCAUGCAGGAAGGAGCAAAACCCUCGCGACACACAGAAUGGUCGAGCUGAAAUCGUUCGUGUUCUUCGACCUGGAGACGACGGGCCUGCCGGAGUAUGAGCACUUUCGCACCAAAAUUACGGAACUUUCGAUGGUGGCCUGUGCUCGGGAACAUUUGCUGGAGGCAAGCACCGAACCGCCGCGCGUCACGCACAAACUGUCGCUCUGCUUCAAUCCGCACCGGAUGAUAACGCUCGGUUCGUCCCAAGCAACAGGACUGUACAAUGAUCUGCUCGAGAAGGAGGCCAAGUUCGACGCGAACGCGGGCGAGAUGGUGAAGCUGUUCCUCGAGCGCCUCCAGAAGCCCGUCUGUCUGGUGGCGCACAAUGGCCAGCGGUUUGACUUUAUCCUGCUCAAGCAGCAUCUGCUCCGCAUCGAUGUGGCUCUGCCGGGCGAUCUGUACUGCGUCGAUUCACUGCCCGCCUUCCGCGAGAUUGAGGCCGAUGUGGAUCGCUCGUACUUCGAAAACAACGAGGGCCUGGACAGCGAAAUCCCGGAGCUGGAGUAUCAGGCACUGCGCGUGAUGGAGGAGCUCGAGCGGUCCAAGGAUUGGCUGAAGGAGCGGCAGAAGCAGAACGAAACCACGCCCCAGUGCGGCCGGGUGGAGCAGAAGUACAAGCAAGUGCUGCGGGACUAUUUGGCCGUCUCGCCGAACGAAAGACAGUCGGCCUCUCCGCCGGAGCCAUCGGACGAUAGUGAUGAGUCGGCGAAAGCGCCACAAAGGCCGACCAAGUCGCGGAAACGAUUGUUCGAUGAUGCGCUUACGAAUGGAACGGACAAAGAGGAGGAUGAGGGUGUAAAGCCGUUGGCAGCUCCAGCAGUCUGGAAUGGUCCGAAGAAGCGGUUCAAUCUGUCCGAGCUGUACAGGCGCACCGUGGGCAAGGAGCUGCUCAAAGCGCACUGUGCGGAAGCGGACGUACUGGCGCUGAUGGACUGUGCUAUCGUGCAUUCGGCCCGGUUUGUCCGGUACGCCGAAGCAAACUGUGUGCCGUACGAAGAGGUGAAGAGCAAAUUUUAAGCGGGACUCUUUCGGCUCAACUCGCCGUUGCAAAUGCGAUUCCAAUUUUAUGUGAAAAUUUAAAUCAACGUGUGUAAAGAUAUAUUUUUUUAUUAUUUCUAAUAGUCUAUACUUUUUGGAGACUGUGGGAGAGAGAACAAAAUCGAGAUAAAUAAAAUAAAUUGUGCAACAAUCGA